AUGGAAGAUAGAGAGAUUGGAAAUUUGGAUGGGUUUAAUGAUGUGUACUCUCAGGAAGCAAGGCUGCACGGAACAUUAGUUUACACAGGAAAGAGGCUGAAGUCAAAGCCAUACUCAUCAAAUGGGUAUCCUGGGAAGAGUUCUAUCUCAUACGAGUAUGUUACUUACAACGAGCCCUUUUCAGCUCGCACAGUCAUUUUUAAAAUUCCAAUGAGCCAUCUUAGAAAAAGAGAAUAA